GUCACCUGGAGCCUGGGGCCACCCCAGCCCUCUCAGGGUUCAGCAGACCUCAGAGGUGGUGGUGAAAGAGACAGUGGUGGUCAAUGUUAUUUGAGCCGGGUCAGCAGGCCCUGGAACUUCCUGAGUGCACGAUGCAGAAGGCCGCUUACUAUGAAAACCCAGGACUCUUCGGAGGCUAUGGCUACAGCAAAGCCACCGACACUUACGGCUAUGGCACCCCCCAUCAGCCUUACCCACCCCCCGCUGCUGCCAACUCCCUGGACACUGAUUACCCGGGCUCUGCCUGUUCCAUCCAGAGUUCGGCACCUCUGAGAGCCCCAGCCCAUAAAGGAACUGAACUCAAUGGCAGCUGUAUGCGGCCUGGCACUGGGAACAGCCAGGGUGGGGGUGGUGGCAGCCAGCCUCCUGGCCUGAACUCAGAGCGGCAGCCACCACAGCCCCCUCCUCCACCACCAGCCUUGCCCCCAUCCUCGCCCACCAAUCCUGGAGGUGGAGUGCCUGCCAAGAAGGCCAAGGGUGGGCCCAAUGCUUCUGGCUCCUCAGCCACCAUCAGCAAGCAGAUCUUCCCUUGGAUGAAAGAGUCCCGACAGAACUCCAAGCAGAAGAACAGCUGUGCCACUGCAGGAGAGAGCUGCGAGGAUAAGAGCCCGCCGGGCCCGGCGUCCAAGCGGGUGCGCACGGCAUACACGAGCGCACAGCUGGUGGAGCUGGAGAAGGAAUUCCACUUCAACCGCUACUUGUGCCGGCCGCGCCGCGUGGAGAUGGCCAACCUGCUGAACCUCACCGAGCGCCAGAUCAAGAUCUGGUUCCAGAACCGGCGCAUGAAGUACAAGAAGGACCAGAAGGCCAAGGGCAUCCUGCACUCGCCGGCGGGUCAGUCCCCGGAGCGCAGCCCGCCGCUGGGCAGCGCCUCCAGCCACGUGGCCUACUCCGGCCAGCUGCCGCCCGUGCCCGGCCUGGCCUACGACGCGCCCUCGCCGCCAGCCUUCGCCAAAUCUCAGCCCAACAUGUACGGCCUGGCCGCCUACACGGCGCCGCUCAGCAGCUGCCUGCCACAGCAGAAGCGCUACGCGGCGCCCGAGUUCGAGCCCCACCCCAUGGCAAGCAACGGCGGCGGCUUCGCCAGCGCCAACCUGCAGGGCAGCCCGGUGUACGUGGGUGGCAACUUCGUCGACUCCAUGGCGCCUGCGUCCGGGCCCGUCUUCAACCUGGGCCACCUCUCGCACCCGUCUUCGGCCAGCGUGGACUACAGCUGCGCCGCGCAAAUUCCCGGCAACCACCACCAUGGACCGUGCGACCCUCAUCCCACCUACACAGAUCUCUCGGCCCACCACUCGUCUCAGGGACGCCUGCCCGAGGCCCCCAAACUGACGCAUCUGUAGCGGCCGCCACCGGCCCGAACUCGCGGCGCAAUUACCUCUUUUGCUUUGGUGGCUGGGGUGGCGGGCGGGGCCCGCGGGGCAGCUCGGUGACCCCCUCCCUCGCUCUGGCCCGGUCGCCGCCUCCUGGGUCUCGGGCCAACAGCGGCCGAGACGCAGGCGACUGGGCCUCCCCUCCAGGCGCGCCCUCCUUCGGGUGACUCGCCAUAAAUCAGCCGCAAGGAUUCUCCUCUGUAACCCUGACAGUGCCAUAUACUGCGGACCGAGGGACGCUAAUCUGGUAAUGGUGUCCCGAAGGUAAGUCUGAGAUCCAUCGGCGGCGCGCUCUGCAGAGGGACCAGCUCCCGGACAGCCCCGGGGCCUGACCCGAGUCUAGCUUAGUUGCGGAGACCUUAAUUUAUAUGCUCCUUCCCGUCCCGUAAGGAUUGCAACGGACUCAACGAUCUGUAUUUAUUAUUUGAAGCGAGUCAUUUCGUUUCCCUGAUUAUUUAUCCUCGUCUUAAUGUAUUUAUGUGUAUAUUUGUAGAAUUCUCCAGCCAACCUUAGGAACGCGCUCCCAGGCCGCGGGGGCCAUGUUUCACCUCUUUAGUCCCCUUGGUCUGAACUAGUUGAGAGAGUAGUUUUGAACAGUUGUAACCGUGGCUGGUGUUUGUAGUUGAUGUAAAGGAUUAAGACCGCAAAUUGUCCUUCAUGGUUAGAGUCAGGCGGCCCCGUGGCGUGGCACGACACUUCUCAACAGCCGCAGCCCUCACCACUCGACACAGUUUAUUGAUUUCAAAUUGUCUGGUACUAUUUGAACAAAUAUUUAGAAUAAAAAAAUUUCUCAGUC